AUGAUUCCCCUGCUCAUUCAUGAGAACUACCUAGCCGCCAUAUCCCACGGGGUGCAGCAGCGGGGGGGCCCCCCGGGGACGCCCCCCAAGUUGACCCUGGGGGGCCCCCGGGGGCCCCCCAAGGAGGCCGGCAAGGGGGGCCCCCCUGGGGGCCCCCAGGGGGGCCCCUCUGCUGAGCUGGAGGGCCUCACGAGUUGUGCACGAGCUGCUCGUGCACUUUGCCAAGCCGACGUCGCCAACGCAAUUUUGCGCUCCGUUCACAAAGUAAACGGCUUCAUUCCUCGCGUGAACUUCCCGUCUUGGCUGGGCCGCAACAGCACACAAACCAAAAACAAAAGGCUCUUUUCCGAGCUGCUGCUGCAGCUCCUCAAAACCCCCAGCGCGGGCUCUAGUGUGGGGGCUUUGAAGCUUUCGGGUUACUUGGACGCUCUUUACACAAUGGCGGUGGCGCCGCUGGCCCACGAAGGAGACGCGCAAGAGACAGUGAAGAGGCUGGGGGUUUACGGCCUGAGGCGCGAGCACUUAGUGGACCACAUGCAGAGUCUAAUGUUGAAGAAGCAGGUGCCCUAA